AUGUCCAAAAAGAAAUGGACAGCCAUAAAACAUAUAUCAGAGUCAGUGUUUUUGGGACUGUGUUGUAAAGUGGGGACCUCGCAAGUGUUGGCAAUGAGGAAAGAUGUGAUGGACAUCAGGGAUAUGGUGAGAAAUCAAGUGAAAACAAGUGAAGAGACCAGUGUGAUGUUUAGUGGAAGUCAGAGAGAAGGAUUCAGACUGGAAGGAUCAGAUGUAGACUAUAUGCUCUGGCCAAAUAAUCAUCGUGUGCUCUGGGAUUUAUCUCAGUCACGGUAUUAUAACACACACAGGCAAACACUGAUCCUCUGUGACUGCUCUGACAGUCCACCAGGAUACUCUAUGUUAUAUUUACUGUCACCAAGCAUGGACAGAGACAUCCCAAGAGCUUGUGUUAGAAUGAAUAACAGACAUUAUAUAUCUAGUUCUAUAUACAGACAGAUCAUGUGUUCUACAUCAAUAACAAAUUCAACUCAGCAUGGACCUUGUGUCAGUGGAACAUAUAGAACACUAGAAUAUGAUACUGCUCACUGCUUUGUUUGUGACUUUUGGCCUCCAUCUGCCUCCUCGUGGAUGGACAGAUGUCACUCAUGGCCCCAGCCUCGUGUUGUUGAUGAUAUAGCAAAAAAUGGUUGUCACUUUGUAGCAAUAGGGCAUAAGCUUGGAAGUCAUGAAGACCAUGAAUGGAGAUUUUCUUUUUCUCUUGCAGAACAAAAACUAGUGUAUUCAAUGAACAACUGUCAAUUCUUAACUUAUGGCUUGCUUAAAUUGUUUUUAACAGAAAUAAUUAACAAAAUGGUAGGCAAUGAUGAUAAAUUUUUGUGCUCCUAUCAUAUGAAGACAGCAGUUUUCUGGGUGAUUCAACAACAUAUAAUACCCAAAUGGUGUCCACAAAACCUCCUGGAGUGUUUCUGGGUCUGUUUUAAACUCAUCCUCAAAUGGGUUUAUGAGGGGGUCUGUCCUAACUUUUUCAUUCCAGAUAACAACAUGUUUUUGAGUAAAAUUCAUGGCAACAUACAACAUCAAUUAUUUACCAGACUAUAUGGGUUGUAUGAGAAGGGUUUAGCGUUUCUGCUACUCAGUCCCUCCAUUAGAUCUUACAUUAUAAAUGUCCUUUAUAACCAAAUAUCCUCUAUCAACACAGAUGAACUUACUCUAAUUUCUGAGGCUGAGUUUGAUGUAAAUCUAUUUAAGGAAAUAUACCACUUUAACAAAUUAACCAAUUUUGAUGUACAAAGAUGUACGAGAUAUCUGUAUACAAUAGAAUAUAUGAUAGGUUCAUCCCUCCUGACACAGUAUCAAGUCCUCCAAUUAGAGAAACUUUUAGCUUCAGUCCUUCAGAAAACAGCAUUUAUAAUAAUACACAUGGAAACUUACGCACAUAAAAACAAACUGAGGUAUAGAGCUGACAAAAUCUCCUUUCACAUGCUGAAAUUAGCAGCCAAGUUUGGUUUUAUUACUGACAUAAUGUACAUAGCCAUGUAUUAUUACAAGACACUUAGAUACAUGGAAGCUUUAUCUAUUAUCGAUAUGAUCAAGGUCAAGUUAGCACAGCCUUAUGUGAUGUAUGGGUUUAAUGUAGAUACAACGAUGUAUACUGAGGCUGUAGGGGGACAGUCCUGGUCUUCAAAGAUGAGACAAGCUGUAGCAUGGGAUAUCAGACUUGACAAUAAAAUCCAUUACUUUAGUGAACUGAUACCAGAACAAGAGUCUGUUGUACAGAACAAUGGGCCUACAUUAUGUAUCCCACCCUUGAUACUGUUAUACAUGCUAGAGAUCUUGUGCAACAGACAUGUAGACACAAUGAGAGUACACACAGCUCUAAAUGAUCUACAGACCUUAGUUCACUAUGAUCAAGGACAGCUAAUACCUGUACCACUUAAAGACAUAUCGUGGCAGAUUCUUGGGAUCUGUCAACAGGUGACAGGGAACCUCCAGGCUGCUUUAUCCUCAUACCAACAAUCUCUCAAACAAGAACCAUUCCAUUAUAUACAAAGAGCUACAGAAAUGAGAAUAGAGCAGGUGGGGGUCCUUCUAUAA